GAGGGGGUCUGAGAGGGAGGUGGUGGUGGAGGGGGCCGGAGACGAGGCGACUGUCAGUAACCAGUCAUGUCACACCAAACUGGGAUAACAGCAAAUGAAGAUUUAUUGAAUUUCUUCAGUACCUGCCGUAAUGGAAGUGUUAGAGUCUUCAGAAUUACCAUCGAAGAUGGUACUGAGGCUCUCCAGCUUGGUGAGUGGUAUCCAGCUCAGGGGUCGUGGGAGGAUGAUUAUGAUACAUUAGUAUUACCACUGCUUAAAGAGAAGCAGCCGUGCUAUCUUCUAUACAGGUUAGACAGUGAAGCACAUGGAGGAUAUGAGUGGGUACUUGUAAGUUGGUCUCCCGAUGACUCUCCUGUGCGUGAGAAGAUGCUUUAUGCUUCAACAAAGGCUACACUCAGAAAGGAGUUUGGAGCAACACAAAUCAGAGAUGAGAUAUUUGGCACUGUGCAUGAAGAUGUAAGCUUAGAUGGAUUACGCCGUCAUCGGAAAUCGGCCAGUGCUCCAGUUCCACUCACUCCAAGGGAAGAGGAGAUGCAAGAAAUAAAAAAGCAAGAGGUUGGAGUUGACAUUGGGGUAGACACCAAGCACCAGACUAUGGCUGGCAUUACUUUCCCUAUUGUGCCUCAGGCUCUCGAUGCAGUUCGAGAAUUUACCACAGGGGAUCUGCAAUAUGUGCAACUGAAAAUUGACACGUCUGCUGAAGAGAUUCAUCUAGCAGAUACAGCAGAAACUUUGACUGUGCACGAUUUGCCCCGCCGUGUACCCGACUCGGCAGCUCGCUAUCACUUAUACCGUUACGAUCAUAACUAUGAAGGAGACUUCUUCCAUAGCGUUUUAUUUAUAUAUUCCAUGCCUGGUUAUGCCUGCCCCAUCAAGGAGAGAAUGCUGUACUCCAGCAGUAAAAACCCCAUUACAGAUGUCUUAGAAAGUGGCUUCAAUUUGGCUAUCAGUAAAAAGCUUGAAGUUGGUGAAGGUUCUGAACUGACAGAGGAAUAUUUGUUGGAUGAAAUUCACCCAAAACGUAACCUUCACCGUCCUAAGUUUGCUAAGCCUAAGGGCCCAGCAAAUAGAGGAGCAAAGAGAUUGACUAGAACACCAAAAGAUAGUCCAGGUAAUGAUGAAUCAUAAAGGCAGAGACAAUAGUACCGGUAAUUAAGAGGGAUGUCCGGAACAUUGUUUAAUUAGGUGUUUUUAUACAACACUGAGACUUGCAACCUCAUUAUGCCUUAAAUUGUCUUAUUUUUUUUUUUUGUAUCAUGACGUGUGCCAUCCAUAUUAUUGUUGAAUCGCUAGGAAUUUACCAGCAAAUUUAAAUAACUUGCAUUUGCUAAAAAU